CACAAAUAUUUUAUGUAACAAUAUCUCUCCGCUGAAUUUCAAAGUUAAAAAACUUGAAUUAGGAUUAAAGAAAGGUUUUAUCAAGUUUGGACACACAAAGAAGAGCUUAAGAGAACCUGGAAAACUGCCAAACCAGAUUGAUACCCUUUUGGGGGAAUGACAUAUUAAAAAGGGUCAUAUGCAUAACAAAUCCUAUCUCAAACCACCCCCCAUUUUGACCUUGAUAGAGUUUUGCAAACACAAGAUACAUAUUUUCUUUCUUUCUGGCAGAAUGCUUUCUGCAGAAUAUUGAAAUCCUGGCAAGUUUCAAGGCCUUGAUUUUUCUGAUGAAUCUAUUAAGUUUGCUAUUUCUGAAUCUCCUUCUUGUAUUCUUCCCUGUUGAAGCACAAUUUAACUCUGUUGGAGAUGAAGGAUCUUCACAAGAUGGUGUCUCAAAUUUUCAACCCAGCCUGGCUAUUGUUAUAGGAGUUCUGUGUGUCAUGUUUUUUCUAACCUUUAUUCUCCUUAUGUAUGCCAAAUUCUGUCACAGAGGAGCUUCUGUUCGCCGUGAUUCACAGAGUCUUCCUGUACUAAUUCGAUCAACAUCACGAUACUCUGGAAUUGAUAAGACGGUAAUAGAGUCACUUCCUUUCUUCAGAUUCUCUUCUUUGAAAGGAUCUAAAGAUGGACUUGAAUGUGUAGUCUGCCUGUCGAAAUUCGAAGAUGUCGAAGUUCUCCGUUUGCUGCCUAAAUGCAAACAUGCCUUUCACAUUAACUGUGUUGAUCAGUGGCUUGAAAAACAUUCAAGUUGCCCUCUUUGCAGGUGCAAGGUCAGUGCUGAGGACCCAACAAUCUUCACAUAUUCAAAUAGUAUGCGAUUCUUACUGGGGAAUCAAUCUGAGCUUCAAGAGAACCCAAGUGUAGAGCUAUAUGUCCAGAGAGAGGAAAACCAUCAAGGAUCUUCAAGAUUUAGCAUUGGAAGCAGCUUCCGGAAGGUUGAAAAGGUUAACAAGGAUGAAGAAGCAUUAAUUCAAGAUGAAGAAGCUGAUGCAUCUGGUGAUAAUGAUCAAAAUAUCUUGCAUAAGUUCAAUCACAAGAUUAUCAUAUCUGAUGUUGUUCUCAAGAAUAGAUGGAGCAGUGUGAGUUCUUCUGACUUGAUGUUCUUGAGCUCAGAGAUGCUUCAAGAAACGUCAAGCAACAGAUUCUCUUCUUUGGAUUCUAACAAAGAGCAAUUCACAACUACUAGAACCAUGGAAGGCAAGCAAAUAAUGAAAAUCAAGGAAGAAAUGGAGAUGAAGAGAUUGUUUGAAAGCAAGUUUAGACCAAUUAACAAUUACCCUCCAGAUUCAUUUCCAGGUCAUCCUUCUACAUCAGAUUCAAAUGCGAUUUCUAGUCACAACACAUCAAGUCUUAUGAAUUCAGCUGGCAGAAGAUCAGUAUCUGAAAUCACUGCUCUUUCAAGAUUUAGAAAUUUGAGUAUCAAGAAUACAAUUAGAGAGUCUCUUUCAGGUGGAAACAAUAGAAAUGAGGAAAGACAGCGGCUGCUUUGGCUGCCAAUUGCAAGAAGAACAGUUCAGUGGUUUGCCAAUAGAGAAAGAAGAUCUGGGAACACAAAUCAGACAUUUGAUGUAUAAAAAUACUGAUCUCUUUUUCCUUUAUUAUAUUUUCUUCUUUUUCUUUUUUUUUAAUGAAAAGCAAUUUCAUAGGCAAUUUCACAUGGCUUGAAGUUCUUGAAAUAGCAUAGUACUUGUAAGUUAAAUCUUGAAUAGGAACAACUACAGACCCCCCCGGGUCCAAUCACGAGGCUCUAUCAAUAUUUUUCCAUGAAAGGGCAAGCCAGAUUGACAUGUUCUUGAUC